UCCUGCCCAAUAUCCCUCCUCAGGCGCCGAUCGAGCUCGCCGCUGUAACCACCGUGACAGCCCAGUACACGCACACGAGCAGUCCGUGCUCCGACGACGACUCCGGCAUCAAUGGCGGCGGCCGUUAUUGGAGGCGAGUCGUCGCUGAUGCAGCGGUGCAAGCCGUACGUGGCGAUGGUGUCGCUGCAGUUCGGGUACGCCGGCAUGAACGUCAUCACCAAGGUGUCUCUCAACCACGGGAUGAGCCACUACGUGCUCGUCGUCUACCGCCACGCCUUCGCCACGCUCUCCAUCGCGCCCUUCGCGCUCGCGCUCGAGCGCAAGGUCCGCCCCAGGAUGACGCCCUGGGUCUUCCUCCAGAUCUUCGUCCUCGCUCUGCUCGGGCCGGUGAUCGACCAGAACUUCUACUACGCGGGGCUCAAGUUCACCUCGCCCACCUUCUCCUGCGCCAUGAGCAACAUGCUCCCGGCCAUGACCUUCAUCAUGGCCGUGCUCUUCAGGAUGGAGAAGGUGAACCUGAAGAAGGCGAGGUGCGUGGCCAAGGUGGUGGGCACGCUCGUGACGGUGGCCGGCGCCAUGCUCAUGACGCUCUACAAGGGCCGCGCCGUCGAGAUGGUCUGGACCAAGCACGUGCACCUCCACGACCCGCACCCGGCCGCCGCCGCCGCCGCCGACAAGGACUGGCUCACGGGCUCCAUCUUCCUCAUCAUCGCCACCCUCGCAUGGGCCUCCCUCUUCGUCCUCCAGGCCGCGACGCUCAAGAGGUACGACGCGCCGCUGUCGCUGACCACCCUCAUCUGCUUCGUGGGCACCCUGCAGGCCAUCGUCGUCACCUUCGUCAUGGAGCGCAGGACCUCCGUGUGGAGGAUCGGCUUCGACAUGAACCUCCUCGCCGCCGCCUACGCUGGCAUAGUGACGUCUAGCAUCGCCUACUACGUGCAAGGGCUGGUGAUGAAGAGCCGGGGCCCCGUCUUCGCCUCCGCCUUCAGCCCCCUCAUGAUGAUCAUCGUCGCCAUCAUGGGCUCCUUCAUCCUCGCCGAGAACAUCUACCUCGGAGGGAUCCUCGGGUCCGUGCUGAUCGUCGCCGGCCUCUACUCGGUGCUGUGGGGGAAGCACAAGGAGAACCUGGAGAAGCUGGAGGCCGAGGCCAUGGAGAUCCCCGUGGCGAUCAAGGGCGCCGACGGCAACGGGAGGACGGUCAUGAACAUGGUCGAGCUGGACGAGGUGCAGCUGGAGAAGGCCCAGGCCAACGCCAAGCGCGCGGCGGCCGCCGUCACGGCCCCCGCAGAGGAGGCCCGGAUGUAGGGCAAGGACGAGGCGGGCGGCUUGAGCCACCCCCCCCCCCCCCCCCCCCCCCCCAAAAAAAAAAAGCGCCGAUCAAUCGACCAGCGCUAGCUACUCGCGUCGUCAUUUUUACCCCUUUUGGCCGUAGCCUUUGUUCGUUGUUGUGCCCCCAUCGUGUUCUAGCUAGUGUGGGGUGACCUGAUGCUGUGAGCAGUGGUGGUAGUGGUAGUACUGUGGUAGUGGCUAGUGAAGGAGUGGUCAAGAUGGAAGCUGAGGAGGAUGUCAUGAGGAGAGUUUUGUAACCCCUCCUGCUAAGCAGAUGCUGUCAGUGAUAAACAUCUAUCCCCUGCAUACAUGUCUUGUACUACCAUAUAAACCUUCAAUCAAUGAUGACAUUUGCAGCAUUGAUGCCUCA